AAUGGCAGUUCGAGCUCUUAAACAGACUGGCAGUAGAAGUAUUCAAGCAGCUUUAGAAUACAUCAGUAAGAUGAGCUAUCUGGAUCCGAGGAAUGAGCAGAUAGUGCGAGUCAUCAAGCAGACAUCUCCAGGAAAAAGCACAGGACUGAAUACAGGAGACUGGAGGCCAGGCUUUGAAGGGUCUGAUGAUUCAUUGACUUCUUACCAUCACAUGAACAGUUCAGUGUAUGAAGGCCCAGGCUUUGGAGCAGACGGUCCAAAUUUGCUUGCUGAAGUGUCAAGACCAUAUAUGAAUGUCCCCAACAUUAACUUUUUGCUUCCUCCCUCACAAUCCACUGCUAUGAAUGCAGCUGUCCAAAGGCCACCUUCCGUGGGUCCUCAUCCUGCCCUCAGCAAUCAUCAGCACCAGCAGAAAACCUAUCCAGCAAAAGUGGAUGCUGCCAUGAUUAACUAUCAAGUCAGUAAUCAUAGUGCCCAGACCUUGCAGAUGCAGGGUGCCCAUGCUUCCAAUAAUACUCACUACUUAAGACAUCCUAUGGUCCAGGGUGAAUCUGUGGGAUACGGUGUUCAGCGGAGCCCAUCUUUCCAAAACAAAAUGCAGCAGGAGGCCAACUUUGGAAACCUUCAGAAUAAAGUUCCAGUAGCUCCGAAUAGCCCAAACCACCCAUUUCCACAGCCUCCUUCAAAUUUGUAUAUUCCACAUUCUCAUCACAGACAAACAAGUCCUUCCAACCAUCAAAUGCAUGUAAUUGGCAGAGUUCCAGCUUAUGAUUUUGAUUUUUCAGAUGUACCACAGAACAUUUUGACUCCAUCCAGAGACAGCCUGAAUUUGGAUCUCUAUGAUAUUAAUGGUGCUCAGGUUCAGCAAUGGCAAACUUCUCCAUCAAGGCAAGAUACUUUGCAAAGCCCAGCACUCGAGCUAACGCCAAGGCAGCUUGUACCAUACAGAUCAGAUGCCAAAGUGCCAAGCAGAACCAAUUCCUUCAACAGUCAUAAGCAACAGGUAACAGUGCCUGUGCGACAGGCUAGUCCUAAUAAAUUGGAUCCUUCCCUAUCACCCACCUUGACAACAGUGUCAGCAGCUCACAUACUUCAACCAGUCAAAAGCAUGAGAGUGAUGAGGCCUGAGCCACAGAAGGCUGUGGGGCCAGCCCACCCAGGGUGGCUUCCUGCCCAGGCACAGGCUAUGGAAAAUUUAGAAAUGAUUGGAGAGCAUUCUGUUUCAGUUGGAGGGGCUAUUAGUUAUGGGAUAGAACAAGUCGAAUAUAAUAUGCAAGAACCUAGAUGUCCACCACCUCCCUAUCCUAAACAUUUAUUAAUGCCAAACAGUUCAGAGCAGUUUGACUCAAACUGCUUAUGCAAUGGUGUGGAACAGAGCCUUCGUGGGGUCCACAAUCUGGCCUGCAAUACAGCAGAUGAUAACAGUAGUAAGGCUGAUAAAACAAGCAAGACUGUUAAAUCUGAAAAACCUGGAAAAGAUAAAAAACAAAUACAGACCUCCCCUGUGCCUGUUAGAAAAAAUACUGAAGAUGAAGAGAAAAGAGAGUCUAGAAUUAAGACCUAUUCACCUUUUGCUUUCAAGUUCUACAUGGAACAACACAUAGAGAACGUUAUGAAAAUGUAUCACCAAAAAAUAAACAGACGACUACAGCUUGAACAAGAAAUGGCAAAGGCUGGGCUUUCUGAAGUUGAAAAGGAACAAAUGAGGAAAAUUCUUUAUCAGAAAGAAUCCAACUAUAACCGAUUAAAAAGGGCCAAAAUGGACAAAUCCAUGUUUGUGAAAAUUAAAACACUGGGUACUGGAGCUUUUGGUGAAGUUUGCCUUGCUCGGAAAGUGGAUACGCAUGCACUAUAUGCCAUGAAAACCUUAAGGAAAAAAGAUGUCCUGAGCCGUAACCAGGUGGCUCAUGUUAAGGCAGAAAGGGAUAUACUUGCAGAAGCAGAUAAUGAGUGGGUGGUAAAACUAUACUAUUCCUUCCAAGAUAAAGACAACUUGUACUUUGUCAUGGAUUACAUCCCUGGAGGAGACAUGAUGAGCCUUCUAAUGCGAAUGGAGGUCUUUCCAGAGCAUCUUGCCAAGUUUUACAUAGCAGAGCUAACUUUGGCAAUAGAAAGUGUUCACAAAAUGGGGUUUAUCCAUCGAGACAUAAAGCCUGACAACAUCUUGAUUGACCUUGAUGGACAUAUCAAGCUCACUGAUUUUGGUUUAUGUACUGGAUUUCGAUGGACUCACAAUUCAAAGUAUUAUCAAAAAGGGAGUCAUAUUAGGCAGGAUAGUAUGGAACCCAGUGACCUCUGGGAUGAUGCAUCAAACUGCAAGUGUGGCGACAGGUUAAAGACACUGGAGCAAAGGGCUGCAAAACAGCACCAGAGAUGCCUUGCACAUUCGCUGGUUGGGACACCAAAUUAUAUUGCCCCUGAAGUUCUUCUUCGAAAAGGAUACACUCAGCUUUGCGACUGGUGGAGCGUAGGUGUAAUUCUUUUUGAAAUGCUUGUAGGACAACCUCCCUUCCUGGCUGCAACUCCCACUGAAACUCAAAUUAAGGUGAUUAAUUGGGAAACAUCACUUCACAUUCCACCACAAGUUAAACUAAGUCCUGAGGCAUCAGACCUUAUUACACGACUGUGCUGUGCUGCUGAUGAUCGUUUAGGAAGAAAUGGAACAGACGAAAUCAAAGCCCACUCUUUCUUUACUUCCAUAGAUUUCUCCAGCGACAUCAGACGGCAGCCUGCACCAUAUGUUCCAAAGCUUAGUCACCCUAUGGAUACUUCCAACUUUGAUCCAGUUGAAGAGGAGGGUAUUUGGAAUGAUAGUGGUGACAGCACCAGGACAUGCGACACAAUGACUUCUGUCAACAGCAAACAUUCAGAACAUGCAUUCUACGAGUUCACCUUCCGAAGGUUCUUUGAUGAUAAUGGUUAUCCAUUUAGAUACCCUAAGCCUUCAGGGAACAAAGAAAGCCAGACGAAUGAAAUGGAGUCAGAAGACAAAGAGUUGGAACAUAGAGAUUCUGCUGAUCAGGCUGAAGGUUUUCAACCUGUCUAUGUUUAACUACUUGUAUGUACCACUCUAGUUUGUGGCAAUGCCUACGUACAAAGUAUGCUUAAGCAGUCAUUAACAUUUGCUACCAUCUGCACAUCUUAGUUUUGGAGUAAUCGAAAAGUAAACUUUUUCUUUAAAAAUGCUACACUUGAAAUGUCUGGCUCUGAUGGAACAUUAAAAGGGCCAGCAGAGUGUUGUAAUGUUGAAAUACUUUGAGGGGAAAUCAAACUCCUGUUAUUUUUGUGACCAUUUAUACAACUCUAUAUUCUGAAUAAUUUUUUUGAGUAGGAUAUGCAGUCGGCACUUAUCGUUUCAUAGUAGCAUGUAUUGCUACUAAAUAAUAGGGAUGGAUUUUGACAAACUAUGCUGCUGUUCUUUUAUGAAUCUCAUAUUCUGUCCCAGAGCACUUCUCAGUAAAUUGGAAGCAAUAUACUGAUUGAAUGUGAAUCUACAGUAAUUGGCAUUUUAAUUCUGAACAACAUGUGAUGAAAGGACUAUGUGCAAUAAUACAAAUUCAUUCUGUAAAGAUUUUAUACAUUUUGGUAGUAUCAUGUAUUUCGUAUGUUUGUAUACCUUGUCAGUAGUUGUAGCCUCCAUGUUUAGGCUUGUUGCAUUACCCUGAAGCUGUGUAGCAUUUUCUGUGUUGAGGCUUGAUAGAAAGUGUGGGAAGAGUGACUCUGCAGGUGUGAUUAGUUUGUAUGGUGUGCGAAGAUUGUGCAUGAUUGCGCAUUUUUCCUAAUUUUAAUGAAAAUACAUUUCCUUUCACAGGCAGGUCCUGUGCAGAUAAAUAUAUUUGCUUUUCUUAGAAUCAGAGAUGUUCAGUUCUGAAAGAUGUUAGUGUGUGUCAGUGGUUUUGUGGUGUAACUGUGUCCCAUUAUUGCAGUUGAUAGUAAGCAGGUUCAUUUAUAGGAACAAGGUGGUGCACUUUUUUUGUACCAUCUGUUACAUAAACAGAUCAAUCUAACAGAUGUAAUUUUCAUGGAAAAGUCACCUAAAAGAAAAUAUGCAUCUACCUCCAGGAGCACAGCAGUGAUUUUUUAAGUAACUUUGGCAGUUAUGGAUUACUUUGUCAUCAAGUGUAGCUGCUAGUCUGUUAACUUAUCGUAGUUUAACUUACAGCUUGCAUUCACAGAUGGACUGAUUUAUUAUUCAUUGCUUAACAUGAGUAAUAGUCCCCCCUCCCCCACUCCCAUACCCCCCUGCUUGCUUUCUCAUGGAAGUCUUCCAGCUGUAGUACCCUUUACCAUUUGUUCCCACAGUGGGUAAAGGGGAUGUGGACGUGACAGUUGUCAUUUAAAGGCUGUGUUUGUCCUUUAAUCUUCCCAUUAGUUUCUUUCCUAGGUGUGGUCACGCAAGAUCCUCAAGCCCAUCUGCUUGUUCUCAUGUGCUAGGGCUCCACAGGGAUGGAGUCUCAUUAUGAAUCAUUUAGCAGCUGUUUUCCAGGUCUCCUCGAUGGUUUCUGCAGUACAGUCUUCUUCAGGAAAGAGGUACAGUGACCUGAGGCAGUGCCCCCUCCCCAUUUUCACUAGCCCUCCUGCAGCUGGGAUGCAGUUCAAGCCCAUAACGCUUGAGGCAUGGACCAGUGCCAUGCUAUGGUGUCAUCAUCCUGCAGUCAUCAUAUUUUAUGCAGGUACUAAAAUAAAAUACUGAGACCAUUUUUAUAUUCUGUGUUCCCUAGUAAUGUGCUGGGAGGGACAUUAUGUAAUGUACAUGCCCACAUCUUAACAGCUUCAACAAGAAUAACCUAACAACUAAUAUUUGGCAAGCCUUAAAUAUAUUAUUUGCUGAAUAUGAAAUGUAUUUUUUUUUCUUUCUGUAAAAUUCAGGAUGUUUCCAUAUCUAAGUUGGGACUCAGAUUUAUAAAUGACAUGUACAAAAUGUCCCACUGAUUAGAGCAGUAAUCAUUUUAUAAUUUUUUUCCUUUUUUUUUUUUAGACUUGAAUCUAAGUUACCUGCAGACUAACCCUCUUUUAAUUUUUAAAUUCAUUGCUUCAUUAUUUCCAUAUUUGAAUUUGCUAAAUACAUUCUAUUCAUUGCUCUGAUAUCACAGUUAAAAGUAUAAAUGGAUAAACUAUGUAAGCUAAAGAUACAUUUAUAUAUUUGUUUACAUUUAAGUAUGAGAAGAGUGUUGUGAUGUGACAAUCUUUGUACAACUCAGUAUUACUGCUUUUAAAUGUAUCUGUUAUUUUCAGCUUUCUGGAAACUUUAUAUGUGGUAGGUUCUUUCUCAGGAACUUAAAUGUAACUGUUAUUUAUUAAACAGUGUAUUGCCUUUGAAUGCUUGUACCAGCGCAAUUUAUAAGUAAAAUAUGAAUACAAAAAUACA